UUCCUAAUUUUUGUCUUGUUUUAGAUGAAAAAGUAGAAAGUGAUAUUUUUUAAAUGGAGAGGUUAGAUGAGUAUGAUAAUGAGGAGAAGGAGGGGAUGGAUAAGUAUGAGGAUGAGAAGAGACUAAAUGAUGAUAAGAAUGGAAUAACUAUCAUUAUACACAAGGACAAAGAUAUGUCCUCUCGCCCCUGGGACCAGGCCGCCAUUAAAAAUCUGUCCAUCCUCCAUCUUGUUUUUGGAAUCAUCCUUUUCUUCUCUCAAAUUCCGAUGGAUGUUUUUAAUGACAUCAACGCCGGAUUAAUCCUGAUAAAUCAGGGAUAUGUUGCAGGGGUUCUUUAUUCGGUUACAGCUGGUCUUGGAUUCAUUACAAGGAUUAAGAAGGAAAAAGUCUGGGUCUCUCUCUAUCUAGUGUUCAGCGUUUUAUCAAUCCUAUGGACAAUUGUAUUAUUAGCUGUGUCCUGCUGUGCCCUAGUGGAUCUUAAUAUAAGGAGAAGUUGGAGAACGAUUCCAGACACUACUGUAGACAUCCUCAAUACACUUCUAUCUAUCCAUCUCAUCUGCUCUGUCAUUCAAGUUGGAACAACGAUCGCUAGCGGUGCUAUGUCUUGUAUGUUUAUUUGCUGCCCCAAGCCUAGAGCUAUGCAGCAAGGAAUGAAACAAAAACCAAUGCAGAUACUUUCUGGUUUACAGAUUGGAAUAGGCGUGUUCUUAAUCAUUUGCUUCCCAGUAAACUACUAUGUUAUAAUGGGAGAGCGGUGGACAAUUGGUGAAGAGAUUUGGUGCGGAGUAUUCUUCACUGUUGUUGGAAUUCUUGGCUUUAUUGCAGCCAGACGAACGACCGCUUGUACUAUAACUCAAUUCUUGGUUUUCAAUAUUAUGGGUUCUAUUCUCGCUAUUGUUGUUAUAUCAUUGGCAGCAAUUAAAACUGCAAGUGAGGGCCAGGACCAUGAAAGACAGAUAGAGUACCACAGGGAUGAUUUGAAGUAUAUGCAGAGUGAAAACUACAACUGCACAGAGAAAGUAAUUUAUCAGCAGGAUUUGGACUGGAAAGAUUUGAAUGCGACUGACCCCGAAUUUGUGAAAUCUGUUGAAAAAUGUGAAGCUGUCCGUAUAGACGAUAUCAGGUACUUCACAGGCGGGUUAAGUUGGAAGAGAUGGGGGAAUAUCUCCCCCAAAACCCUCGAAAAAACUGGGAGACUUCUCAUCCCCAGGCACAAGAAGAGAGUGGUGUCAGCCUCGCAGCUUCUUACAUCUUUUAAUUUCGAUUUUUAAGAACGAAAUUCUAAAAAU